GGCACUGACUGGCAUCACUGCUGGGCACUGACUGGCGGCACUGACUGGCACAACCCCUGGGCACUGACUGGUGGCACUGACUGGCAGCACUGCUGGGCUGCACUGGUGGAUGGCACUGGUGGGCAGCACUGGUGGGUGGGCACAGGUGGGUGGCACUGGUGGGCACAGGUGAGUGGCACUGGUGGGCACAGGUGGGUGGACACAGGUGGGUGGCACUGCUGGGCACAGGUGGGUGCACUGCUGGGCACAGGUGGGCGGAACUUGCGGGUGGCACUGCUGGGCACCGAUCAUCAGGGCACUGAUCAUCAGUGCCCUGAUGAUCGGUGCCGAUCCCCGCUCUGACAACUGCCGGUUCUCGGCAGUACUUUCCUCACGAUCUGACAGCGUGAGGAAAGUGCAGCCGAGAACCGGCACUUGCAU